AUGUGUUCAACUAAAAGGACUGUGAAAUCUAAAAAUAACUCAUCCGUCUUACAAUCUGUCUUAUUUCAACCGUCUUUCAACCGUCUUUCAACCGUCUUUCAUCCGUCUUAUUUCAUCCGUCUUAUUUCAUCCGUCUUAUUUCAUCCGUCUUAUUUCAUCCGUCUUAUUUUAACUGUCUUUCAACCGUCUUUCAUCCGUCUUAUUUCACCCGUCUUAUUUCACCCGUCUUAUUUCACCCGUCUUAUUUCACCCGUCUUAUUUCACCCGUCUUAUUUCACCCGUCUUAUUUCACCCGUCUUAUUUAACUGUCUUUCAUCCGUCUUAUUUCAUCCGUCUUAUUUUAACUGUCUUUCAACCGUCUUUCAACCGUCUUUCAACCGUCUUUCAUCCGUCUUAUUUCACCUGUCUUAUUUCAUCCGUCUUAUUUCACCCGUCUUAUUUCAUCCGUCUUAUUUUAACUGUCUUUCAACCGUCUUUCAACCGUCUUUCAUCCGUCUUUCAUCCGUCUUAUUUCACCCGUCUUAUUUCACCCGUCUUAUUUCACCCGUCUUAUUUCACCCGUCUUAUUUCACCCGUCUUAUUUCACCCGUCUUAUUUUAA